GCGGGCGUAGAUUCCGGGCCUCAGGCCGAAGCUAGGUCUGCAGAACCCCAGGUCCGCCCGGCGGUUGUCACUCAGGCACGCGGGGGCGCGGCCUUCUAAACCGACCAAUCAGAGGCCUCCCUGGAAACGGAUGGGUGGGGCUCCGGCCGGCUCCGGCGUGGAGGUCGUUUCUCCCGUGGCAACGCUCUAGCUCGCUCCUCGGCUGCCUCACGCCGUCCCCGGUGGCUCGGCCACGCCGGUGUCGCGCUGUGGUCUGUGCCGGUCGUGAGAGUCGUAGGCCGGACUCAGGGAGACCCAGGGAGCCUGGAAAUGGAUCCUGUGGCCAUUGAAGAUGUGGCUGUGAACUUCACACUGGAGGAGUGGGCUUUACUGGAUACUCCACAGAAGAAACUGUAUAGAGAUGUGAUGAAGGAAACCUUCAGGAACCUGGACUCAAUAGGCCAAAACUGGGAGGAUCAUUACAUUGAAGAUCUGUACAAAAGCCAGGGGAGAAAACUAAGAAGUCAAAUGGUAGAAAGACACUCUGAAAGUAAAGAGAGCAGUCAACAUGGAGAAAAUUUCAACCUUACCCCAAAUCUCAGUCAGAACAAGAAAACUACUGGAGUGAAGCCACCUAAAUGCAGUAUAUGUGGAAAAGUCUUCAUGCAUUAUUUUUCCCUUAAUAUGCAUAUCCGAGGUCACACUGGACACAAACCAUAUGAGUAUCUGAAAUAUAGAGAGAGGCCAUAUAAAUGUAAGGUGUGUGGGAAAGCUUAUAUUUCUUCAAGUUUAUUUCAAAUACAUCAAAGGAAGCAUACUGAAGAGAAAACUUAUACUUGUAAGGAAUGUGGGAAAGCCUUCCGUUUCUUCACAUCCUUUCAAAUACAUGAAAGGGUUCACACAGGAGAAAAACAAUAUGAAUGUGAGGAAUGUGGAAAACCCUUCAUGUGGCUCACAAGCUUUCGAAGACACAUGGCCAUGCACACCGGAUAUGGACCUUAUAAAUGUAAACAAUGUGGAAUGGUCUUUAGAUAUCAUCAGGCUUUUCAGACACAUGAAAGGACUCACACAGGAGAUAAAGCCUAUGAAUGUAAGCAGUGUGAUAAAGCUUUCAAUUCUCAACGAGGUUUCCAAAUACAUCAAAGCUACCACAAAGGAAAGCACCCCUAUGUAUGUAAACAAUGUGGAAAAGUCUUUAGAUAUCAUCAUACUCUUCAAGCACAUGAAAAGAUUCACACAGGAGAGAAACUCUAUAAAUGUAAGCAGUGUGGUAAAGUUUUCAAUUCUCAUCGAGGUUUCCAAGUACAUGAAAGAUACCACAAAGGAGAGAAGCCCUAUGAAUGUAAGAAAUGUGGUAAAGCUUUCAGUUCUCACCAAGGUUUUGAAAUACAUGUAAGGAAUCACAAGGGGGAGAAACCCUAUGAGUGUAAGGAAUGUGGUAAAAGUUUUAGCUGUUAUCGAGGUUUCCAAUUACAUGAAAGAAAUCACAAUGGAGAGAAACCCUAUAAAUGUGAAUGUGGUAAAGCUUUUGUUUAUUACUAUGCCUUACAAUUACACAAGUCAACUCAUACUGCAGAGAAAUCCUAUGAAUGCAAGGAAUGCGGGAAAGUCCUCAGUAAUCACAAAUGCUUAAAGAGACACGAGAAACUGCACACGGGAGAGAAAUCCUAUAAAUGUAAGCAAUGUGGGAAAGCCUUCAUGCAUCUGUCAGGAUUUCGGACACACAUGAAAAUGCAUGCUGGGAAUAGACCUUAUCAGUGUAAGGAAUGUGGGAAGGCUUUCAUUUACCCAUCAGGUGUUAGAGCACACAUGAUGCAAGUACAUGUUGGAAAUAGACCUUAUCAAUGUAAGGAAUGCGGGCUAGCAUUUUAUUUUCCCAGUACAUUACGCAGGCAUGAAAUGACUCACACUGGAGAGAAACCCUGUGAGUGUAAACAAUGUGGUAAAACCUUCAGAGAUCACAGUUAUUUAAAAAUACACGAAAGAAGUCAUACUGGAGAGAAACCCUAUCAAUGUAAGCAUUGCGGUAAAGCUUUUAUUUCUCAGCUAGGUUUCCAAGUACAUGAAAGAAGUCACACUGGAGAGAAACCGUAUGAAUGUGAAGAAUGUGGGAAAUCCUUCGGUUAUCCCAGUUCCUUCCGAAGACAUAAAAAGACUCACAGUAAAAUUCCUGUUGAAUGUAAAUAGCAUAGGAAAGACUUCAUUUGAUCCACAUCCUUACAUGUAGGGUGGGGAUAGAUAUAAAUAUGAGUAACAUGAAAAAGCUCGAUGGAAAUUAAUUCAUGUGUAAUGUUCUAGAAAACUUCAACAUGAAACAGUUAUUAUAAACUAGAGGCCUAGUGCACAGAUUUGUGCACCGGUGGGGUCCCUUGGCCUGGCCUGUGGGGAUUAGGCCAAAACCAGCUCUCCAACAUCCCCUGAGGGGUCCCAGAUAGUGAGAGGGCAGUUCUCGGGUGACACACUCCGGAAUCAGACUCCCUUCUCUCUGAUUCCAGGUGUGUCAUCUGAAAACUGCAGCUGCCAAGUCACUGCAACUCAGCAGCUCCUGUGUUGAACAUCUGCCCCCUGUUGGUCAGUACUCAUCAUAACUGCUGGUCUAAAGGUCAGACAGUUGCUUAGGCUUUUAUAUAUAUAGAUAUAAGUAUAUUGUGUUUAUCAAGCCUCCUUAAAGUGCAUUGGAUUUCUACUAAUUAUUUUCCGAGCUGAAUAUUCAGAUAACUCUGUGGCAUAUCAUUCAACAAUCCUAUCUAAUAAAGAGGGUAUAUGCUAAUUGACCAUCACACCCUCACAAAGAUGGGGGCGCCCAAAACCAAUGCGAGAAUAUGCUAAUUACUGCCACACCCUCAAAAAUGGCGGAGGCCACAGCCACAAGAUGGCAGCACCCAGCCUCCUCAGCCCCGCCAGGAUGGCAGGUGCGCAGCACAGCCAGGUCCACCCCCAGGCAGGUUGGACUACUCCGGGCACCUGCCUCCGGAGUCCCCCAGUCCCCUCAGCCUCCCAGCGUCCUGAGGCACAGGCAAGCCUCAGAUGUCGGCUGCCCAGCCAAUGCCCAAGGCAUAGGCAAGCCUCCUAUGGUGGCUUCCCAGCCACCCAGGGCCACCUGAGGCUCAGGUGACGAGGGCCGGCUGAGGCUUGCGUUGCCAGCAGUGGCAGCAGCAGGGGUGUGAUGGGGGCAUCGCCUUCCCCUGAUCACCAGGUUGCAUCUAGCCCCUGAGGGCUCCUGGACUGAGAGAGGGCAGGCUGGGCUGAGGGACUCCCCCUCCAGUGCAUGAAUUUUCAUGCACCAGGCCUCUAGUAAUAUAUGAGUUUAUAAGUAGUGUUUUUCUCCCCCUUUAAAUCAGUUAAUAUUUCCAUUUUGAAACCUGUUGGAUACAUAGAUGAAGUGUAUUCUUUAAGUAUAUUUUCUUUAUUAAUUUAAGAGAGGGAGAGAGAUGGGGACAUCAAUGAUGAGAAUCAUUGAUCGGCUGCCUCACACCCUACACUGGGGAUUGAGCCCACAACCCGGCCAUGUGCCCUUGUCCAGAAUCAAACCCAGGACCCUUCAGUCCACAGGCCAACACGCUAUCCACUGAGCCAAAUUGACUAGGGCUGAAGUGUAUUUUUUUUUUGAAGUGUAUUUUUAAUAUGCAGUUGGGUUUAAUUUUUUCAUAAUGUUAUUUGUUGUGUGUUAAGGGAAUAUUGAAAAAUGAAAGUUUGGUUUUUGUUGGGAUUUUCCUACUGGUUUUGUGAUGGUUCCUGGAUAUCCUUAGUCCAUUAUAUAUAUGCUACAUUUCAUAAUGAGAAAGCUCCUUUUGGGGUAUAGGGAGUAUAGGAGUCUUUUUUCAUGUCCCACAUUAAUAAACCAUUGGAAUGCAUUUUGUGUUAAUUA